UCUCAUCUUCUAUUCCACACUUGAGAAUUGUUCCCUUCAUCAUUCCUUUUGAUUUGAAACCAAAGAACAAUCAAUCACUUGAAUAAAGAUAUUUGCAUCAUGAAUUACUUUUUAUGUGUGGGUGACUUAAGAAAUCUAAAAUUUAGGAUCAAUAAUAUAAGAGCAAAUUGCACUCACCUCCCUUCAGGUUUUAUUAAAAGACACUCACACCCUCUCUAGUUUGAGAAAAACAUUAACAUCCCUUAAUUAUUUUAUGAUUGAGGUACUUUCCUCUUUAGACGCUAGAUAUAGUCUUGCAUAGACACAAAUACAAACUAAAUUAUUUGGGCACACACACAAUGAAGAAAUUUAAAUGAUAAUUAAAUUAAUCACAUCAUUCAACCAUUUUAUCUUUAAAAAAAUAUCAAUUGUGUGAAUGUGCUCAAACCUAAACAUGUUAGAUUGUGUUUUUUUCUUGCUAGCUUUGUUAUCUUCUUCACUUCAUAUAUAAUCAACUCAUGUUUUAUAUCGGGUUCGUUCGUGUUCCCUACUUACACAAUGUUUAAAUUAUUGGUAGGAUGUGUUACUUGAACUGUAUUAUGCUUAAUAUGAUGAUAGGCUUUAUAUACCAAGAGAUCCGUAUUUGCUCCCCCAAAAGGAUCAACAGCUGCGGUAACAAAUCCAAGUGACCUCCUCCUUUCAGCUCUGGAGGAGAGUAAUCCAACAUCUCUUCUUCGAUAUCAUGCUUAUCUUGACCUCUGUAUGGUUUCCGAGAACAAUGUUGAUGCUUGGCGGCGUGCGGCAUUUUUUGAAGAAACCGGUGAGACUUACAAAGGGUAAUUAUUGCUGUGUGCUUGAGGCCUCUGGAACAACUUGCCUCAAGAUUAGGCGAGGACUUGGGGAAUUCUGCCGACAAACCUACAAAUCUAUCAAAUCAAUUAUCCUCCCCAACAGAUGUGAAGCACUUAGAAGAACUGGAUUACUUCCAGUGUUCAAAGAUUGUUGCCUCACUGACUGCCUGUUCACGCAAAGAAAGUUUGGGGUUGCUCAGCUUUCUGGGAGUAACGCUGCUGUGGUUUCGACCCUGAUAUCAUGCCUUCUUGCUGUCGAGAAUUUCAUGGGAAAGAAAACAAACCUGCAAUCACCAAAUCAGUUGGCAUUUGCUGUUAAGAGAAAAAAUGAGCAUGUGAAUUCAGAAGCUUAUGCUAUUGCUGAUGUUCUCAAGACAUCAAUCUACCAAAUAGUAUCUGCAUUUCAUGAUCAGAUGUUGUCUGGUACUAAAUCAAGUCCUCUGGAGAAGGACUGGAUCACAAGCAGUAAACCACUUUACGGUACUCGCGAGAUGCUUAUUCAAAAAUUACGUCUUUUCCUUGUUUUUCAGGCUACCUAGAUGUUACAUUGAUGUGGUUUGGGUGCUACUUAACUGGACUAAACAACAUGCUUGUAAGAGGCUAUACAAAUUUGAUGUUGUCAAGUAUAGUUGAUAAUUAUAUAGAUGGAAGGGAUGGAGGGAAAAAGUUCUCAAUUUUCUAGUUUUAUUUUGAAUGAACUACUUGUCUAACAACUUUGUUUAGAAACACCUCUUUCUAAUGAGAUUCUUGUUGGCUUCUAGUGCAAAUUGUGGUUGGUAUGACCCUUUCAUGUAUGUGAGGCAUGUGUCUUAUUGGUGCUUAUGA